AUGAAUAAAAUACUAAAUUCAUAUAAAUCAAAAUUAAUAUUUCCUAUGAGUAAAAGAAAUUUUUACAAUUUUAAUUGUAUUUUCAAAAUAAAAAAUGGCAUCCCCAUAAAAAAAAAUGAAAAAAUUAAUUUUAGCAAACAUUUACAAAAAAACAUAGUAAGUUACAUAGAUUUUAGAAAUAAAAUACCUAAUAAAAGGAGAAAAAUAUAUUUGUUUUCUUCUCUUAUUACUUGUAUAAUUGGAUAUAAAAUAUAUAAAUGGAAUGAAAGUAGAGAGGUAACAGAUUUUCUAAAUGAUAUGAAAGAAAUAUCUGAUGAAAUUUUUGAUAACGUAGAUAACAUAGUAUUAUUUGUGCUAGAUAAAAAUAAAUUAAGUGAACAAAAAACAAAAAUUCAAGAAAUAAAGGAUGAAAUACAAAAACUUAAUAUUAAAAAUAUUAAUUUUCUUUAUACAUAUAAUGAAGAAAGUAAAGACUACGCUUGCUAUCUUUAUAAAGGAAGAAGAAGAAGAAAUUUAACAAAAGAGGAAUUAACAAGUAAUUCAAUUAAAAAUAUAUUAACAGAUUUCUUUACACCUGUUAGUGAAAAUUAUCAAAAAAUAAAUCAAGGAAAUAACGAUAAUUUCCCAACUUUUGUAACUCAUGAUACAUUUGAAAAGGAGAUUAUUGAAGACUCGAAGAAUAAUGAAAUAAUUUUGGUUUUAUUUGAAAAUACGUGUUUCCUAUGUUUUUUAUACAAACCAUUUAUAAAUACUUUACAUAAAUUAUUUAAGGAUAAUAAUAUUCAAGUAAAAAUAAAGAAAUAUAACGUAGAGAAAAAUGAUUAUGCACCAAAUAUGAUAGUUUGUAGAGGGACACCAACUUUUUUAUAUUAUCAUAAUGGCAAAGGAAACAAAUUAGUUGAGUAUAAACCAAAUGACAUUAUCAAUAAAAUCGAUGAAAUUAUUAAACCUCCCAAAAAUAUUAAAGAACAAAUGAUAGCCAAGGCAGAAUUAAUACAUGAAAGAAUGCAUCAUUUUGGUCACUUAACGUUGUGGAUGACUGAAUCGAAAAUUAUAGAAAAUAUGCUUAUAAAAAGACACAUAAAAGAUAUUUCAAAUAGUAAUGACGACGAAAGUCUUUAUAAUGAAAUACUUACAUCUCUUAUUGAGGAGGAUAUGCAAAGAAAUGAUUUAAUAGAAGAUAGUUUAAAUUAUACUAAAGGGAAAAUAAAAGAAGCAGAGAAAAGUUGUUUUGUAGUAGCUAUGAUGAUGGCUCAAGAAUUAAUAGAUGAAGAAAAAAAAAGUAUGAUAUGA